AUGCGUUUAUCUCAAGUUUUGCGCGUUGUUCACGUUGUUCUGUUGCUAGAACUGUGUUCAGAUGAAGUCGUUGGAAGUAAGAUCGAAGCGAAGCUUUACAGGUGCGUUUUCUCUCUUUAUAUUCGCCUCAAAGCAUUCUUUGAAGGGACCUUCUUUCCAACUACAGCGCCUGGGUUCGACCGGUCAGAAAUCCUAAAAAGGCUUUGAUGGUCUCGAUGCGAGUUUAUCUUCAGGUAACAGAGCUUAUAUCGCUUUUCUGGAGUUAUUGAAAGAUGCAGAUCUUGCAUGUCUCAAAAUAGUACUGGGAACGGUUACAAGCUUUGAUAGCUUUUUAAAUAUUUUAAAAAACUCAGCAAGGAUAAUUGAACAGAAAAUUCAGCAAAUUCUCAACGUCGACGCAAAACAUCAAAUGGUGGAGGUCAACGCUUGGCUCAAAUACGUCAGUUAUUUUGAUGAUCUCGCGGAAUUGAAAAAGACAUAAUAGGUUGAAAAGCGAACUUUGAAUUUUUUCGAGUGAAAAGGUUCAAAGUUCUCGCUGAACUUGGUGAUUCCGCAGGUCUGGACGGACUAUCGGCUCCGUUGGAGACCUGUCGACUACGACAACAUCAGCACGAUUCGAUUUCUCGGCGGAGAGGAGCAAAUUUGGCAGCCAGACAUUCUCCUCUACAACAGAUAUAUCGACAAGUAGGCGAAUUAAUAUUAAACUUAAGAAAAACAUUUCAGUGAGCAGGAGAGCUUCGACUCGACCUACAAGGCCAACAUAGUCGUCUACAGCGAUGGCCUUGUCAAUUGGAUUCCGCCGGGGAUCUUUAAAGUUCGUUAAUUUUCAACUAAAAGCGGAAUGAGCUUUUUUUUUUAGCUCAGCUGCAAAAUGGACAUCACUUUGUUCCCUUUUGAUGAACAGGUAAUCAUAAGGGCUAUUUGUAAAUCAAUGUUUUCUAGAUUUGCUUUAUGAAAUUCGGAUCUUGGACCUACCACGGCUUUGCUCUAGACCUACGCAUUGAUUCUGUAGAUAACGACGGUGGGAAAAGAGUUUACAGCACACAAAAUUAGUUAAACGUGGUUGCAGAGCCUUCUGCCGAUCUUUCCACGUUUAUAUCAAAUGGCGAGUGGCACUUGGUUCAAGCGCCGGCCGUUCGAGAGGAAAAGUUCUACAAAUGCUGCCGAGAGCCCUACCCCACUGUUAGGUAAGGCAUCGCCUUCUUCAAAAAUUUCAAAAUUCUAAAACUGUAACGAAAAACUGAAGCCAUAGAACGGUUCGACAGUCAGAAUAUGAACAACUAAUCGCUCUGAUUAAAGUUUAGACGUCAAACAUGAAAACAACUUGAACAUUUCCAAACUUCUCACUGAAAUGGAUUAACGUGAUUAUAAAUUUGCAACUUCAGAAGUUCCAAACUUAAUGAAAAACAGGCUACAAAAAAGCUAUAAAAGAAAAAUCUCAGAUUUUUCCUUCACAUGCGUCGUCGGACCAUCUUCUACCUGUUCAACGUGCUUCUCCCCUCACUUCUCGUCUCAUUCAUGUCCCUUUUGGCGUUUUGCCUUCCCGCCACCGAUAUGAGCGAGAAAAUCGGACUACGUAAGUUACUAGGGUGGCCGGAAAUCAAUGAGAGUUGGAUUUGAAAACUUCCAUAGCAGGUACUUCUAGUGGAAAGAAAUUUAAUUUUAUGUUGCUAAUUCGUUUCGCUUAAAAAGUACCAUAAAAAAAUAAAAUAAAAAAAUAAUUUUUUUAGUAAACAGUUCGAAAAAAAUACGCUUUUUUUAUGAUCAAAGGAACUCCUUUGAUAACUUUAAACUCUUAACAAAAUAUAAGCCAACACGACCGAAAAACAUGAAAUAAUGGACUUUCAGAAAAAAAAAACCUGUUCAGAGACUACGAUCCUCCUGUCGGUUUGUUUCUUCCUGACGAUCCUGUCGGAGAUGACGCCGACGACGUCAGAAGCCGUGCCGCUUCUCGGCGUCUUCUUCUCUGUCGUCACCUUCAUCGUCUCUAUAUCCACCACGUUCACCAUUCUCGUCCUGAAUAUCCGAUAUCGGCAAUUCGGCAAUCAUGCGAUGGCUCCUGUUGUGCGUUUUUUUUUUGAGGAGUGAAAAUUUUCAACUGCGUCUUUGAUUUCUCAGUUCACAGUCAGAAUCAGCCUAAGAAACUUCUUCUUAUAGUAAUCUAGUAAUCAUUCAGAAUCUAUUUACUGGAGCUCAAACGUAAAAUAUUUAGAAACAACACUAAAAUUCUCUCUUUGGAAUGUCAAUAAGGGAAAAGAAGCCUGAAAACUUUAGUUCCGUACAAUGUUCCUCGAGUUUCUGCCGUGGCUAAUGAUGAUGCGACGGCCAGAACAUCAUUUCCACAAAGCCGGGGUUUCCAAAAUCGCAGAACAAGACGAAUGCGUCCAGGUGAGCUUUGAAGGCCCUUAUCAGACCUCUCAUUUUGUGUUCCACAGUGUUCGGAGAGGCGAGAGUUCAGCGAAGUCCGUCGCAGCGACGGUGAGGACGACGCCAUCGCCAACCUCUGCCCUUUUCCAACUGAAAAACUUUCGAUCGGCAGAAAAGUCGGCGACGUGAGUUUUCACAAAAAAAAAACCAGGAAUUGAAUCAGAAACUUUGAGCUCCUCGAGAUAUAAUUUCAUUUACACGAUUCGAAGAGGGUUCAAAGAAAAUCUAGUUCAUAUAAUUACUAGAACGGAAAUUGCAAACGUAUUGACUUGCGCCUGUAUUUACAGAACUAGUGUAGCUUAAAAAAAUUUGAAAUUUUUUGAAACUUCAGGUCUGAAAGAAAAAUUUGAGAACACGACCUUCUGUGGAACUGUAGGUGAGGAAUUGAAGAGUUGUGGUUUUUGAUAAAUUAUCCAAUUUCUGAGGAAAUGAAAAUUAAUAAGAACUUUUUAGCUUCUCAAAAAGACAGCUAGAGAAAAACAUCUGUAGGAAUAAUGUGAGAUCUAUAUGUAAACUUUUUUUUUCUUACUGAAUAUCAUUUUCAGGGGCUAUUCGUCCACCGGCGUUGCAAUGCGCACGAAAAAUCGCGAACUGAAAAGUUUGAGAGAGGAAUGAAGGCCUGCGAAAGGGCGAUCCACGAGGAAAGUAAGUCUUUUAUUUUUGAAAAAAUCGAGUUUCUGUUUCUCAAAGAUUGUUUCCAUCUCAGACCCGGAGUUGGCCCAAACGCUGCUAUCGACAAUCAAACUGUACGAAGUGAUAGUGGACCAAGUGGCGAGGAUCCGACGAAGAAUCGCGAUCAAAAGGGAACGCAAGGAUGUUGAGGUACAGCUUCGUCAGGAAAAAAAAUACGAAAACACUUUUUUGAUCCAAACUUUCUUGUAUGAAAAAUUCUGGUGUUUUGGUGAGUACAUAUAUUUUCAUAGCUGAUUCACGGCAGGCUUAGGCGAUCGAAAAAAAAAGAGUCCUGGGAAGAUAAUAAAAAAAUUUGGCUGGCUACGCCCCCUCAGUGUCCUAGGCUAACCAGGAAUCGGCUAUAACAAUUUGAUGAGUCUUGAGCUCAUAGAAAAGAAAAAGCAACUUCAGAACAUUCCAGAAAGACGAAUCUUCAUACAGGGAAGUUGUGAGCAAAAGCUUUUUUUUUGUAUCUUUUCGGUGGUAUGAAAAUAAGAACAGCGAUAGUUCGAACGGCGACUUGUCCGAUUUUUUCAUAUCGCUAGGAAACUUUCCGACGGCCACCUUUCCGCCGAAUCCCUUUCUGACUUUUUUCCCUUAUAUUUUCAGGUUUAUAAGACAUCUAUUAACAUUUUUUUUUUCCUAUUUCUUUGUGUUUUAAUCAUGAACCAAUUAUCUACUUCAUAUAAGAAAAUUCAAAAAGAAGAGUUUAUCGAGAAAAAAAGUCGGAAAAAGUUUCGUCGGAAAGGUGGGCGUCGGAAACUUCCCUAGCGAUAUGAAAAAAUCAGAAAUGUCGCCGUUUGAAUUUUCGCUGGUCUUAUUUUCAUACCACCAUCUUUUCUGACGUAACUGUAGCUACUUUCGUGUUCAUUAGAGGGAAGGAACACGUUUCAAAACGCAAAAAAGUGUUCAUCAUAGAAUUUCGCCUAGUCUGCUAUUUCGGAGUAACUCUGAGUUCAACCGCCACGCGUUGAGUCAUUUCGAACACCAUUAAAAUGUUUCGAGACGUGAUAAAUCAUUGAAAAUUUCAUAAAACUAACCUAGGAGGAAUGGAAAUUCGCGGCGAUGGCCCUCGACCGCUUCUGCCUGCUGCUCUUUUCCGUCCUGAUGUUGGUCUGCUGCGCCGCCGUCAUUUUUCUUCCGCCUUCCGUGAAAAUCUUUGAAUGA